AUGAGCUCAUCAUCACCACGCCUACGCCCGCAGUUGCGGCCCUCGCUGUCGUCGCGCCUGUCGAUCGCCAUCUCGACCCGCUCGGCCGACGAGGAGCGCGCACACAGCGGCGGCGGCGGCCGCCCGCACACCCAGCAGCAACAGGAGCACUUUGAGGAGAUUGACGAGAUACGCCGGUACGAGGAUUUUACGACGAUAGACUGGGUGCAGGAUGCCGCGCGGGCGCAGCUGCGCCGACGGCGGCAGAAGGACGGCGGGUUCUUUGUGAGGGGGAGCGCGGAGGGGUGGCGGUGGAAGCUGCGGCAGAGCUAUGAGGCCGGGCAGGCGUGGAUUGUCAUCUCGCUGAUUGGUGUUUGUAUCGGCCUCAACGCCAGCUUCUUGAACAUCAUCACCGAGUGGCUGUCGGACAUCCGCAUGGGGAGGUGCACGACGGCAUUCUAUCUGAACGAGAACUUCUGUUGCUGGGGGAGUGACGAAGGAUGCCCCGAAUGGCAGCCCUGGAGCACCAUAUGGCCCUUCAACCACAUCCUCUACAUUCUCUUCUCCGUCCUCUUCGCCUACACCAGCGCCAUCCUCGUCAAGUCGUUCGCGCCCUACGCCGCCGGCUCCGGCAUCUCCGAGAUCAAGUGCAUUCUCGCCGGCUUCGUCAUGAAGGGCUUCCUCGGCGGCUGGACGCUCCUGAUCAAGUCCAUCGGCCUCCCACUCGCCAUUGCCUCGGGCCUCAGCGUCGGCAAGGAAGGGCCCAGCGUCCACUACGCCGUCUGCACUGGUAACGUCAUCAGCAGGUUCUUCAAGAAGUACCGCCGCAACGCCGCGAAGAUGCGGGAGAUUCUCUCUGCCUGUGCGGCUGCCGGCGUCGCAGUCGCCUUCGGGUCGCCAAUUGGCGGUGUUUUGUUCUCGCUCGAGGAAAUGUCGUCAAACUUCCCGCUGAAGACAAUGUGGAGAUCGUACUUCUGCGCGCUGGUGGCCACGGCCGUGCUGGCGGCGAUGAACCCCUUCAGGACGGGCCAGCUCGUCAUGUUCCAGGUGUCGUAUGACCGCGACUGGCACUUUUUCGAGGUUGUCUUCUUUGUGAUUAUCGGCGUGUUUGGCGGCCUCUAUGGCGAGUUUGUGAUCAAGUGGAACCUGCGCGCGCAGUCGUUCCGGAAGAGAUACCUCAAGGAGUAUGCCAUCGCGGAGGUCACGUUCCUCGCGGGCGUCACGGCUGUCAUCUGUUAUGCCAACAUGUUCCUCCGCAUCGACAUGACGGAGAGCAUGGAGAUCCUGUUCCGCGAGUGUGAGGGCGGACACGACUAUAACGGCCUCUGCGAGAGCGGCCGGCGAUGGCACAUGAUCGUCUCGCUCACGAUCGCCACAGUCAUCAGAGUCUUCCUAGUCAUCAUCUCCUACGGGUGCAAAGUGCCCGCCGGCAUCUUCGUCCCCUCCAUGGCCAUCGGCGCCACGUUCGGCCGCACCGUCGGCAUCCUCGUCCAGGCGCUCCACGAGGCCGCGCCAAACUCUGCCUUCUUCUCUAGCUGCCAGCCAGACAUUCCCUGCAUAACCCCCGGCACCUACGCCUUCCUCGGCGCCGCCGCCGCCCUCAGCGGCAUAAUGCACAUCACCGUCUCCGUCGUCGUCAUCAUGUUCGAGCUCACCGGCGCACUAACCUACAUCCUCCCCACCAUGAUCGUCGUGGGCAUCACAAAGGCCGUCUCAGACCGCUGCGGCAAGGGCGGCAUCGCAGACCGCAUGAUCUGGUUCAACGGCUUCCCCUUCCUCGACAACAAGGAGGAGCACACCUUCAACGUCCCCGUCUCCCACGUCAUGAACACAGACCUCACAACCCUCCCCGCCACCGGCCUCUCGCGCGCAAACGUUGAGGCUAUCCUGGCGAGCACCGAGUUCCAGGGCUUCCCUGUCGUCACGCCGCAGGGCGCACUGCAGCCGCUGCUCAUGGGCUAUAUCAACCGCACGGAGCUGCGCUUCGCGCUGGACCGCGCGCCGCGCAGCGGCGUGGGGAAGUGCGUGUUUACGCCCCCGGAUAAUGCGACUGGCUCUGCUAGCAGUGGAGGGGGAGGAGGUGGGGGGGUGGGUGGGCUGGACUUCUCGCAGUUCGUGGACCCGACGCCGCUGUGCGUGCAUCCGCGGCUGCCGCUGGAGACGGUGAUGGAGAUCUUCAAGAAGGUUGGGCCGCGGGUUGUGCUGGUUGAGCAUCGAGGUAGGUUGUGUGGUGUGGUGACGAGGAAGGAUGUGUUGCGGUUUCAGUUCGCUGUUGAGAACAGGGAGCAUCCGAAGGAUGAUGCGGGGGAGGCGGAGCGGGAGGAGCGGGUUUGGGCUGUGGUGUGUCGGGUUGCGGCGUGGGUUGAGGGGCGGGUGUUUUUUUGGAGGAGGAGAGGGGGAGAGGUGCUGGUGGAGGGGGUGGGCGGGGAGGGGGAGAGGGAGGCGGAGGUGGAGUUGAGGGUGAGGUAG